AUGUUUGUGCUUGUUUAUUCCUAAUUAAAUAAAAGAAAAAGUAAAAUAAAUAACUAAUUUAUAGAACGGCUUUCUGCUUUUUAUAUUUCUUAUUUCUAUGUAAAUUUUAAUUUCUUAUUUAAUUUCUUAAAUUCAUUUGAAAGCUUAUUUUUAAAUAAGGAAUUUUAUCUUCUAUUUAAUUAUUUUAUAGGCAUAUUUUUUGUUAUCUUUCAUAAAUUAUUAAUAAAAAAUUAAUUAUUUUUUCCCUUAUAUUAUUUAUAUGAUUUAACUUAAUAAAUAAAAUAUAGACAUUAAAAAUUAUAGGAAUACAUAACUUAAAACAUUUUGUUAAUUUUUCUUUUUACAAUUUUCAAAAAAUUCUAAAUAUUUUAGAUAAAAAAAGUAAUAAAGUAAUUAGCUAAUUUACUUAUUUAAAAAAUUUAGUUGAUAUAUGAUUUUAAAUAUCAAUUAUAAGAUCCUAAAUAAUUUAUUUGUUUAUUUAUUUAUUUUUAUUAUUUUCUUAAAAAGCUAUAUUUUAAAUUAUAUUUAUAUAAUAUAAACUCUGGCAAAUAAUUUAUUAAUAACUUUUAUUAAAAAUAUUUAAUUUCUAGUUUAAUUAUUUAUUAUUUAUUUAUAUAAAUUAAUUUAAUUUAUUUUAUGGAUUGUUUAAAUGACAUCACAAAAAGAAUAUUUAUCUAUUUUUAAAAUUUUGGUAAAUUUUCAUAUUUCUUUGAGGUUUCGAAAUAUAAAAUAUAAUUUCUUCUCACACAAUUAAAUUAUCCUUUGCCAAAAUUAUUAAUCAGUGUUUUACUUCUGUUUUUAUUAAUAUUUUGUAUAAAUCUAGUAGCCAGAUAAAGUUCUGGGAAAACUAAAAUAUAAAUAUUUUAUCAAAUUAAUUUAAAAAAGAAAAAAAUGUUUAACUGUUAAUAAAUCAACAAUGAUUAAGAUUGUAGUGUAAGCAAUAACUUAAUGGAUUCUAAUUAAAUAAAGUUAGAAAAUUUAGUGAAAUUAAAUUAUUUACCUAUAAAACUACUUUAAUAGUUAUAUUUACUGUCCAUUUAAAAAGAUUUCUAGCUUUAGUAGAUUAAAUUAUUACAUGAAAAUUAAUAUGGAUAUUACUUUCAGAUUGGAGGAAAUUUGUUUAUAAUUUAAAAGGGUUAAAAGUAAAAUUAUGAAAAAUUCUUAGAAUUUUAAUUCUAAAUUGAGAGGUUAGUUAAAUUUCUAGAAAAUUAAGGAUGCUCUGUACUGAAUUAUAGUGAUUUUACAUUUGAUUUGUAAGACUAAUAAGAUGCUUUCUAAGUGUAUUGCAUAGCUGAAAUAAUCUUAAAAGAUUUUGAUUAAUUUAAGAAGGUCUUAGUAAAUAAUUAAAAGGAAUUAGAUCAGGAAGAAAUAAACUGGAAUAGUAUGUUUGAAUAUUCUGAAUGCAAUACAGUUAAUUAGACUAUAAAAACAGCAUUUAUUAGUUAAAACUAUAACUUUAUGAAAUAUUCCUAAUUAAAUAUAGCACUUAGAUUUUGUUAAAUAGAACAAGAAGGAGCUAAGAUUAUUUCUAACAGUUUGAUCUCUUUAAAUAAAAUAAAACCAAUAUUAAAACUUUAGUUAAAUUUAUAUUCUAACACAUUAGCCGAUGAAGGAGUAAAUAGCUUAAGCUAAGCAUUUAUAUAACUUUAAUAUUUAUAGAGUUUGAAUUUGAUUUUGAUGAUUAAUUUAAUAGGAGAUAACGGCUUAAGGCAUCUUGCAUCUAAUUUAUCUUAUUUACAAAGCUUAGAAAUAUUAAAGCUCAAUUUGCAAAACAAUAAAUUUGGGGAUGCAGGAGUAGCUUACUUAACAAAAUGUUUGAAGAAUUUACCAAAGCUUAAAGAUUUAGAACUUGACUUGUACUUCAAUGAAACUUAGAAAUUUGGUGAAAUAAUAGGAAUGGAAAUCAUAAAUUUAACUGACUUGAAUAGACUAAGUAUUUCAUUUAACAAAGUUGAUUAGAAUAACACUGCUACUUUAAUUGAAGGAAUUCUAAAAUUAAAUCAUCUAAGUAGCUUAAAAUUAGAAUUGCAAAACUGCUUAAUUGAUUAGAAAUGGAUAGACGUAUUUUAAUUAAGGCCAGCAGAGUGCUUUGAAAACAUACUUUAAAUAGAACUAAUUUUACAAUACAAUCAGAUAGGAGCAAUAGGUUUUUGCAAUUUAUUUUAUUACUUUUCAUAACUUACAAAAAUCCAGUCAAUACAUCUUAACCUAACGGCUAACAGUAUAAUUAAUGGAGAGUUUCCUGAGGAAUACUAAUAAGAGUAAGGCUAAUUCAAAAGUUUAGUCUUUCUAUAUAUUAAUUUGUGUUGGUGUUAAGUUGGAUUAAGAGGAUCAAAAUUUAUUGGAAAAUUAAUACAGAACUCACCAUUAUUAUAAGAUUUGACUUUAGCUUUUUAAGAUAAUUAGAUCAAUGAUAAUGGACUGAAGAUAUUAUCUUAGAGUAUUUCUUUAUUAACUAGCCUUAAACGCUUGAAAUUUGAUUUAUGGGGAUGUAGUAAUUAAAUCAGUGAUUUAGGUUUAGGAUAUUUAUCAGAAAAUGUUUUAAAAAACACAGAAAUCAUUAGCUUAUCUCUCAUUUUAGUCUAUGGCGUAUUCACAAUUAAAGGACUUAAAACACUAUACAAAAAUUUAAAAUAAUGCUAGAAGCUUAAUUAAAUAGAAAUUGCAACCUAUACAAUAAGUGUUUCCUAGAAAGAUGAAGAUAAGUUUGGAUGCUGGAUUAAAAAAUUUAAAAGACUUUGUAACUAUAAUAAUUUUUUAUUGUAUUGA